AUGCAGCCCCAAUCUCUUCUUAGCCAUCCAGACGAAAACCCUAACCCGCCGCUCCUCCUCUCAAUCACCACCAACAACCUCGAAUCCCUGGAGCUCGACCGCAUUUCUCUCGGAAAUCGCGCUGACGCCCACAUUCUCGCAUCCCCUGCAGCCCUACCCGGCCGCGACGUCGUGCUAUUGGGCUCUUGCAACGACUACCGGGCAAUACCUCCCCCUCCAUUGCCGGCCAGUGAGUUUGGGUACGCCGCCGACCCUCCUUUCAGGCAUUUCGGCGGAUUUGGGUAUGUCUCUGCCACUCAAGAUUAUAAGCUCGUUCUGUCUGCUUAUGUUGGUAUCGUCCCUGCCGCAGAAGGUCAUCCAGAGGACUAUGAUACGGUGGAUGUACAGGUUUUUUCGUUGAACAAUGAAACGUGGGGGGAGGAGAUUACGUCCCCUUGCUUCGCUGCCGUCGAGGGUCAAGGUGUUCUUGUCAACCAGAAGCUGCAUUGGGUUCUCGACUACUAUAACAUUGAUGAUGAUGGGGAGGAACAUAUCAUUGCAUUCGAUUUGGAGACGGAGACGUUUCAGUCAAUGCGGCUUCCAUUUCCCAGUGCUGAACCAACCAAUGACAUUGAUAACUUCGGUGUUGCUAUUUCCCGCCACGAAGGGAAUCUGUGUGUAUGGUACUAUAACAAGCGUGCUGCCUCCGUUGAUUAUUGGAUCAUGGAGAUUUAUGGGGAGAAUGGUUCUUGGAGACGGUUUAUCUUCAAUAUUUCCACUCAGCCUCCGAUUAGUUUUCUUAAGCCGCUUAUGGUUACAGAGAGUGCUAUUGUGCUAGUGAGGUGUUCAACUACUGGGGUGUUGGAGUUGGUGCGGAUCCGUGUGAACAAGGAGAUGAGGAGCGUGCGGUGUACAUGA